GGUCACGUCAUCACUGGGCGCGAGCACCGGGGUACGGAGGGCGGCGGCGUGAUCCGAGACUAUGCUGAGCCGGCUCCAGGAGCUACGCAAGGAAGAGGAGACGCUGCUACGGUUGAAAGCGGCCCUACACGACCAGCUGAACCGCCUCAAGGUUGAAGAAUUGGCCCUCCGAUCGAUGAUCAAUUCUACAGCAGAGGAUGGGAAGGUUUCUUUUCACUCUGCAGCUGAACAGUCACAGGAUAUGUUGGUGCACGUAGACAAUGAAGCAUCGAUCAACCAGACUGCGCUGGAGCUGGGCAUGAGGAGCCACAUGAUGGAGGAAGAGGAAGAAGAAGAAUCAGAUUCCUGAAGGGGACAGGGAUCCUGCCGGCCGCCAUCCACAGGAGGCGCCAUCCCAAAGGGCCCGGAGCCCGGGCUGGAGCUGGCAUGACGGAAAUGAGGGCCUCAGGAUUGUCAGACUUCUUCCCAGGCCUCACCUCCUGGGAUAAAGAGGCGGGAGGAAAAGGUGAGACCAGUGGUGCUGGGGACCAAGAAGGGUGCUGCCUGGGCUCCCUGGGGCGCCCUGCAUGUGGCCCUGCCUGCCUUCCGGCCUGCGCAGUCUUCCUGUCAUGUCCUGUCCUCCCCCCCACCCCCAACCACCGCUGGGGACUGAAGUAUUUCUUCCUUGUACACUGGAGAGACUGAAAAGCCUACCGCGGAAGUACAAAUAUCUUUUAAAAUUUGACAGUAUAUUUAUUAGAAUAAGAGAUUAGAUUUGUUAAACAUCUGGAUUAAAGUGAUUAAAAG